AUGACCAAGGGCGAGAUUCUUCACGUUCACAUGGGCCAAGCUGGUGUUCAGCUUGGUCAAUCUGCCUGGGAGCUGUAUCUGCUUGAGCAUGGUCUCGGCCCGGAUGGCCGUCCUGACCCCAACGCAAAGGAUAUUGGCGACCCCGGUUCCUUCGAGACAUUCUUUACAGAGACGAACAGCGGCAAGCAUGUUCCCCGUGCUCUCUUUGUCGACCUCGACCCCUCGCCCAUCGACGAGCUCCGCACCGGCCCCUAUCGCCAACUCUUCCACCCAGAGCUACUGAUCAACGGCAACGAAGAUGCCGCCAACAACUAUGCCCGUGGCCACUACACCAUUGGCAAGGAGAAGAUUGAUGCAGUCAUGGAUCGCGUCCGUCGCGUCGCUGACAACUGCCACUCACUUCAGGGAUUCCUUGUCUUCCACUCUUUCGGCGGUGGUACCGGCUCUGGCUUCGGCGCCCUCCUCCAGGAGCGUCUCGCCACCGAGUUCGGCAAGAAGGUGAAGCUCGAGUUCGCCGUCUACCCUGCUCCCAGCAUUGCCUCGGCCGUUGUCGAGCCCUACAACGCCGUUCUCUCCACCCACAGCACCAUUGAGAACUCGGACUGCACAUUCCUCGUCGACAACGAGGCCGUCUACGAUAUUUGCCGUCGCAACCUCGGCAUCCCUCGCCCUUCCUACGAGCACCUUAAUCGCCUGAUUGCCCAGGUCGUCAGCUCCAUCACCUCCUCUCUGCGCUUCGACGGCUCUCUGAACGUCGACCUCAACGAGUUCCAGACCAACCUGGUUCCCUACCCCCGUAUCCAUUAUCCACUUAUCAGCUACGCCCCCGUUGUCUCAGCCGCCAAGAGCUCCCACGAGAGCUUCAAGGUGUCCGACCUCACCUUCCAGUGCUUCGAGCCCAAUAACCAGAUGGUUGUAUGCGAUCCUAGAAACGGAAAGUACAUGGCUGUUGCUCUGUUGUACCGUGGUGACGUUGUCCCACGUGACUGCAACGCUGCUAUCGCUGCCGUCAAGGCCAAGGCUACCUUCAACCUCGUUGAGUGGUGCCCGACUGGUUUCAAGCUCGGAAUCAACUACCAGAAGCCCAUGACCGUACCUGCUGCCGCCGAAGACGGUGGCCUUGCCGAAGUUGAGCGCUCCGUUUCUAUGCUCUCCAACACCACUGCCAUUGCCGAGGCUUGGUCGCGACUUGACCACAAGUUUGACCUCAUGCACAGCAAGCGUGCCUUUGUCCAUUGGUACGUCGGUGAGGGCAUGGAGGAAGGCGAAUUUACCGAGGCUCGCGAGGAUCUUGCUGCCUUGGAGAGGGAUUACGAGGAGGUCGCUGGCGAUGGCCUUGACGCUGAGGAGGAGGCUGAGUACUAA